AUGGGUAGGGACCCUCCUAAAAGGAAUCAAAGCUUGUACUGCACUUACCAUAGGGAGAAGGGUCAUAAUACCAAGCAAUGUCGUGUACUGAAGGAUCACCUGGAGCAGCUCGUAAAGGCAAGACAUUUGAAAGAGUUUGUUGUCGGACAAGGAGCUAGAAACGUAGGACAGGGGUCAGGAAGCCAAGGCAAUACAUUUCUCCCGCCCUUGGGAAUCAUUGAGGUUAUCCAUGCAGCCUCUAUUGGUGUGAAUGUAAGCCACCGGAGGGGCAUAUUGAGUGUGGCAACCCCGUUCGAUGCGGAGGUGAUAAACCGACCUAAGAAGAGGCCUAAGGUGAAUAGAGAUCUAAUUACUUUUGAUGAAGAAGAUCUGGAGGGAACGUCACAACCGCAUGACGAUGCUUUGGUUAUGACUUCACGGAUUGGAGGAUUCUUGGUGAAGAGAGUAAUGAUAAACCAAGGAAGUGGGGCUGAGAUCAUGUAUGCUGUUCUAUAA